UAUCAACAAAUCUGAAGAAAAUCAUACACGGCAUCAUCAACUGAUCUGAAGAAAAUCAUACACGGCAUUAUCAACAAAUCUGAAGAAAAUCAUACACGGCAUCAUCAACCGAUCUGAAGAACUGAUCUGAAUCACACCUGUAUGGGAGAAUUAUACACGGCAUCAAGCAUACCUGAUAAGGAGAAGUGUUUUACUGUAUAAAUAAAACAUUAUUUAUCAUGCACCAGGAAAGACAAAAGUCGCACAACAUGAAAUGCAAAUCGUCAAGUGCACGAUGAUAACAAACAAUUACGCAGUCAGCAUAACAUGGGAAUUUUUGCGAGGUCAAAGAUAAUAAUAAGUACAUUUUGGGACGUGCGAUAGAUUCGUGAGGAUAGAAAUAACUUAGGUUUGUCAAUAAAUUAUUUUAAAGUGAUAUAAUAAAUUGCGUUUGAAGUGGUAAAAGAUGAGGAAAUUUAUCAGUUUUCAUGAAUAACAAAAAAAGUGUAAAAGCAAUAAGGAAAACGGAUAAAAUUAUAAAAAAAGUAAAAGAAGAGGAAAUAGUUCAGCUGAGAUUGCGAGGCAUAAACUGACAAGUUAAUAGGCUCAAACAAGUACUUAAAGUUUCGAGAACCAAUUGCAUGAAUUUUCCGCACAAACAAGUAAAUAUUAAAGUGCCUCGAGAAACAUAAUGCAAAAACUAUGGAAAAAGACAAGCGUUUUACUGACAGUUGUUACUGGGAUAUCAGCCUUGAUGUUCCUCUUUUUCAACAUAAAGAUUGUAGAGAAGCGUAAUGUGGUGAAUAAAAGAAUGCUUACUGGUAGUUAUAGUGAAAAGGUUAAAGAAAGUGAUGUCACGGGUGUUGUUGCAAAGGAAAACACUGCAAAGCCUGAUCCAUGCGCUGAGAUGACCAUGCCAACGGUGGAUGAGAAAACAGGCAAUUGGCAAGCAGUUGAUAAUGAUUCGACGGCAUUUAUUUUUUCCGCAUAUUUCAUUCAUGAAAGCAGGAAAAUUGUUAUUAUUGGAAUGAAAAAUUUACAAGCUGGGUCAUAUUUUUGCCAGUUUUGGUUAAAAAGCAAAAGAGAAAGGGACCAAUAUAAGUUGUCGUAUGAAACAGUUGCCAAAGAAAACAGGCUUCCGGAAGGUCACGGUCAAGAGUAUUCAGCGAUAUUAUUUGAAUGUUUAUUGAACCCCCGAUCAAACUCUACUCCCUCGUAUGUUUCGAUGGUGGAUAAAAAUUGUACCGCGCCUAGAAACAUUCUGUUUAUUCAGCACGUGACUAAACCGGAAGCAGUCAGCCGAAAUUUCACCGUGUGUUUACCACCGAUUUAUGGACAUCCUAAUAUUUAUAGAUUUAUAGAAUGGAUCGAAUUUAACAUAAUUCUUGGAGCCGAUAGGUUCGUUGUUUAUAACUACACCAAUGAUAUAAAUGUUCAUAAAGUUCUAGAGUAUUAUUCAAAUAAAGGGUUUUUAACUGUUAUUCAAUGGAACCUUCCGGAAAGCGAAACGGAAACGGAAGUACGAAAACCAAUAAGUAUACAUUACUUCGGACAGGUCGCAGCUUUGAAUGACUGCUUGUAUAGAAAUAAAUAUGUAUCAGAAUUUGUUAUUAACAUUGAUUUUGAUGAAUUUAUCAUUCCACGUUCUCGAAAUGACACCACGUGGUUGGAAAUGUUAAGUAAUGUGAACCAAAAUGAAGCAGUAUACAUUGUCCAGAAUACGUUUUUCAAAGUAGAAUGGGACAAUGCAAAUGUUGAAAUUUCUAACAGCACUUUAGUAAAAAAAUACCAACUUAUUACAAUGCAGAAAUUACAACACGAGCAAAAGAUAUUUUCACCUGGAUCAAGGUCAAAAUAUUUUGCACGAACUUCUCGUGUACACACUGUUAUGAUUCAUACUAUUCCAAGAUUAAACAAUUUUCCGUUGCCAGUUGAUGUAGCGCUUUUGCAUCAUUAUCGUGACUUUGAGACCAAGAACGAUCCGGAGAGCAGCAAAAUUUUAGACUGUACUGUGCCUAACAAAUUCGGUAAUAUUUUGAUUAAAAAAGUGAUGGCAGUAUGGUCAGAACUAAAUAAGACAUUGUCAGUUCAUUUAUGAUAAGAAUUAAAAUUUCAAAUGUUUUCAACUACAAUUUGUUAACGGCUAUUUUAAAUUCUGCAUAUAUAUAAAUUUGUUUUAAACGUUUUAAACAUAGCAAAUCUGUAGUGGGGAUAUUUAUUGUAACAUAUCUUCUGCCAUUUUUGUAUUAUGGAUUUUCCUCGUUUUGAAAUUGGAACAAACCAUUGUUACUUUAAGGUAUUUCAGGAUACAGACACCAUCAUUGACUAGAAUACUGUACAGGGUUUGCUAAGACUAAAUAUAUUUGUAGACUGGCCCAGCUCUGUACAUACAUCUGAUAUAAAACCCUUAUUUAAUUGGCGGCAUGGCCGAGUAAUCUAAAGAUUCAAACCCCGUUAAGGACAAGCUGUUGUUUCCCAUUGCUUAGUUCUGGUUGAUUCCAGGAACGGAUUUGAUAUUGUCUUUGUAAGCCAAUAGCUUCCUACACAAUCGA